AUGCUGAGUAACUGGUUCACCACCCUAUACAACUACCAAUUUGACAUCGUGCACAUUGCUGGCAAAUUAAACGGUAUGAGUGAUGCACUCUCACGUCUUUUCCAUAGUGGAAUCGACUCGGAGGGGGCAAUGGGGAACAAUGAGCCUAUACAAAAUCAUGGCAAUAAAGACCCAUCUCACGUAAACCGAGACGCACAAUUGAUCGAAGAAAAUACCUUGACACCACCAGAAAAUGAAAGGCCUAGCAUAUUGGAUAAGGCACACCUGCUAGGACACCUAGGUGCUAACGCCAUAGUCCAAGCUAUACAUAACAAUGGGAUGCAUUGGCCAAACCUUAAGCAAGAUGCUAUUGACUUCGUGAUGGCAUGCCCACCAUGCCAAAAGUUCAAUAUUGCUCAAAGAGGCUACAACCCAUUGAGAACUAUUUCAGCGGAAAUGCCAGGUGAUCACUGGGCCUUAGAUCUGGCAAACUAUGAAACGUCGUCAUCAGGCAAUAAAAACCUCUUGGUAUUGGUGGACAUGUGCACAAGAUUUUGUAUACUACGUCCCAUACCCAAUAAAGAGGCCGAAACCAUUGUCAAGACGUUAGUGCAGGUAUUUUGUUACUUCGGCUUACCACGCAUAAUUCAAUCAGAUAAUGGCAAAGAAUUUGUCAAUAACUUGAUGAAGCGUUUUGCACGAGCAUCGGGGUUUGAACACCGUUUGGUCGUACCUUACCAUCCCAAAGCCAAUGGCACUGCUGAAAGAUGGGUUCAAAAGGCCACACUAUCCAUCAAGAAGAUGCUUAACGGCGCCACAUUUGAAUGGGAUCAUUACGUACCGGCAGUGCAACUUGCAUUGAAUGCAAAUGUCACGUCACGACACAAGACACCUCCUUUCACUCUCAUGUUCGCAAGAAAAUUAAAUGACUUCAAGGAUUAUCGAGAUGAAGCAGAAGCUAAGCCAAUGACAGAAGAGAUGCUCAAGAAACGUAUCGAUGAAAUGAGAGACAUCGUAUUUCCGGCAAUCCAUGAACGAGUAAAAACAGUAACCAAGCAACAAGAAUUACGGUUCAACAAGACUCAUAAAAUCGUCGAGUAUAAGAUCGGUGACUUUGUCAUGGCAAGGGAACCUGAAUCAACAGGCAAAUUCAACCCAACCUACAAAGGACCAUACAAGAUCAUAAACAAAACUGAAACAUCCUAUGUUUUACAAGAUUGUGAGGGGUGCGUUCUACCACGAAACUAUGCACCAGAACAUUUGAAGCUAGUACGGGUCCUAGAGGAUAUUCCCGCCGAUGAAAUAUACGAGCUUGAUAAUAUCGUUGAUCAUAAGGUGCAUAAAGGUAACUUCCUAUACCGUGUCCGAUGGCUGGGAUAUACGGAAGAAGAUGAUACCUGGGAACCUCCAGAAAACUUUGGCGAUCCUAUGACAAUCACCAAGUAUUGGAAGAGGAUUAGGAGUGAUCCACAGCAAGUCCUUGCACAACGUAAGAAGAGAGGAUCCAAGCGUGUAGCGCAAGACAAUAAACAUGGAAAGCACAAGAGGUACCGAUAUAACACAAGGACUCGAAGCAAACAAUAA